GAUUGUUUCGCUGUAGUCUCCAGUCGGCCAAAGAGCUGUGGAUCAUUAACACGCGAUCGCUGCGUCGUGGAAAAGCGCGAAACACGUCAAAAUAGUUGCCUUUCGAACCGGAGAACCUCUCGGAAAGUUGCGAGUCUUCCAUCGGCACGAUCGCGGUGUUUCUUCUUAUCUCAAAAGUGUUGAAAGUGUGCUCAAAAUCAAGGAAUAUGUCUACUGCGAUUAUGUCACGAUAUGAUUUCGGGGAUAAUCUGAUGAAGAAUGCGGUGUCGUCCCGAGACGCCGCCCCCGGCAGCCCUCUGGACCUGGGAACAGCCGGGAUGCGGUUCGCAUUGACGCGGAUGGCGUCGACGCCGGCGACCAACCAGAACCUAACUCUCCUUCUUGGUAACCUGACGACGCAACACCGACGCCUCGAGCGCGCCCAAUCGGCGCCGGCGCCGGCCCAGAACGCCGCCAGCGUCGCCGCCUCCGCCGUCAACACCUCUCGGUAUAAAACGGAGCUGUGUCGACCGUACGAAGAAUUCGGCGUGUGCAAAUACGGCGACAAGUGUCAGUUUGCGCAUGGGGGCGCCGAAUUGCGAUCUCUGGCGCGCCACCCCAAGUACAAGACGGAGCUGUGUCGCACGUACCACACGGUGGGCUUCUGUCCGUAUGGCCCCCGGUGCCACUUCGUGCACAACCAGGACGAAGUGGUGCUUCAGAAGCAGGCGUUAGCGAGGGCACGGCCCCGGCCGGCGGCGCUUAGCCCCACGCUGUCGCUGGACAGCAGCAGCCCUCCUUGCAGUCUGAGCCAGUCGCCGACGUCCUCGAUGGGCUCGUUUUUUAGCAGCGAGCCCGAGCUGCACUCUCCUGCCGCCACCGAUGACCGUCUUCCGGUGUUCAACAGGUUGGCCGAAGCUAAUCGAAUGCAUGCCAUGAAAAUCGGGGACUUGGUGCUCUAGUUACUAUAAUAAAGUGCAACCACUCAAAGACUUAACUAUUUAUGAUGUUACAGUAGGUCCGCCGAGCGGCGGCGUGAUUUUGAUAUUGUGUGAUUUCUAAAUAUUUAAAAAGAUGAUAAUAUUAUAUUAGUUAGAGGCGUGUUUUAUACGAAUGUUGAUUGUGUACGUGCAAAACUUAGGUUUAGUUUUUCCUUCAGUCGUCGGUCUCGAUUUCUGUAACAUUCCGUGAUCGAAGUUUAUUUAUUAUUUUAUUACUUGCUUUUCUCGUUGUGUGACUUGUGACCGAUGAAAGAAUACGUUUUUUUGUUAUUUAAAUCAUUAUUUAAUUUUUAUGUUUCUCAUUCGACACGUUAUGUUAUUUAGUUAUUUUAUUAUUAUAAUUUAUAUGUAACUUAUUAUUUAUACUUUGUCGCAUGUCGCAAUACUGAUGAUUAUUGAUGAUGUGUAGUGGACGACUGUGCUGGCUUUUGGCACAAAAGUUGGAUGCCUAUCAAAGGCCACCUCUGUAUAUUAUUAUUUAUAUUUGUAUUUCUUGUAUCAUUAUCAAUAAAUUAUAUUUUGUUCUUUAAA